AUGAGAUUGGAUGUCAAGAGACAGCUUUUCGCCCGCUCGGAGCGGGUGAAGGGCAUCGACUUCCAUCCCACGGAGCCGUGGAUCCUGACGACUUUAUAUAGCGGUCACGUAUACAUCUGGUCGUAUGAGACCCAGUCAAUAAUCAAAACUUUUGAGCUUACCGAUGUCCCUGUACGAGCGGGACGAUUCAUUGCCCGUAAGAACUGGAUCGUCUGUGGUUCCGAUGAUUUCCAACUCCGCGUCUACAACUACAAUACCUCUGAGAAGAUCGCAUCGUUCGAAGCUCACCCGGACUAUAUUCGAUCGAUCGCUGUCCACCCCACGCAACCAUUUGUUCUCACCGCCUCCGAUGACAUGACGAUUAAACUCUGGGAUUGGGAGAAAGGUUGGAAGUGUGUUCAAGUUUACGAAGGUCACAGCCACUAUGUAAUGGGCCUGGCUAUCAAUCCGAAGGACACGAACACAUUUGCUUCUGCGUGCUUAGAUCGCACUGUCAAGAUCUGGAGCCUGGGCUCCCCCCAUGCUAACUUCACUUUGGAAGCUCACGAGACCAAGGGUGUGAACCACGUUGACUACUACCCGCAAGCCGACAAACCAUACCUUCUUACGACUUCUGAUGACAGAACCGUUAAAGUCUGGGACUACACGACCAAGGCACUCAUUGCGACCUUGGAGGGUCACACAAGCAAUGUCUCAUUCGCCUGUUACCACCCUGAAUUGCCGGUUAUCAUCUCCGGAUCUGAGGACGGUACCAUCAAGCUAUGGCACGCAAACACAUACAGAUUGGAGCAAUCAUUGAGCUACGGUCUGGAAAGAGCGUGGUGUGUUGCGUAUCAACGUGGCCGACAAGGUAUUGCUAUGGGUUUCGAUGACGGUGCGGUGGUCGUUAAGAUGGGACGAGAAGAGCCUGCUGUCUCGAUGGAUGGGUCUGGCAAGAUUGUUUGGGCAAGACAUAACGAGGUGGUAUCGACAGUUAUCAAGGGUGGUGACCCCAGCAUUAAAGAUGGAGCACCGCUUUCCCUACCCACGAAGGAAUUGGGCUCGUGCGAAAUUUAUCCUCAGACACUAUCACACUCUCCCAACGGGAGAUUUGUUUCGGUUUGCGGCGACGGAGAGUACAUCAUUUACACUGCUCUUGCCUGGAGAAAUAAGGCAUUCGGUCAGGCUCUGGACUUCGCCUGGGGUUCAAAGGACAACAGCAACGAUUAUGCCAUUCGGGAGUCACCAACGAGUGUCAAGAUCUUUAAGAAUUUCAAGGAAGUAACCGGCGGCCUCGAUGUGGGAUUUCAGGCCGAAGGACUCACCGGGGGGGUGCUUCUGGGUGUGAAGGGUCAGGGAGGAAUUGGCAUGUUCGACUGGGAGACUGGGAACCUUGUCCGCCGCAUUGAAGUUGAACCCAAAGCUGUCUACUGGUCUGAAUCUGGAGAGCUGGUCACACUUGCAUGUGAAGACACUUUUUACGUUCUGCGAUUUUCGAAGGAGAACUACAUCAAUGGGCUGAAUGCUGGCGAAGCCGAUGAAGACGGUGUUGAGUCUGCUUUUGAGGUUGUCACCGACGUCAACGAAUCUGUCAGGACAGGUCAAUGGGUUGGAGACUGCUUUAUUUACACCAACUCGACAAAUCGCCUUAAUUACCUUGUUGGUGACCAGACCUACACAAUCUCUCAUUUUGACCAGGGAAUGUAUGUCUUGGGUUAUCUGCCGCGCGACGGUCGUAUCUACCUUGCCGACAAGGAUGUCAACGUUGUUUCCUUCGGCUUGUCGCUGAGCAUGGUUGAGUACCAGACAGUGGUGCUGCGUGGCGACAUGGACAUGGCUGCGGAGCUGCUCAAGGAUGUUCCUCAGGACCAAAUGAACAAGGUUGCACGCUUCCUCGAGGGUCAAGGCUAUAAGGAAAUGGCCCUGGAGGUCGCCACCGAUCCAGAGCACCGCUUCGAGCUUGCUCUGUCGCUGAACAACCUCGACACCGCUCUUGAAAUUGCCCGUGCAGCCAACGUGGAGCACAAGUGGAAGAUCGUUGGCGAUACCGCUAUGGCAGCAUGGAACCUUGCUUUGGCCGAGGAGUGUUUCACGAACGCGAAGGAUUUUGGGUCGCUCCUCCUGUUGCACACUGCUAGCGGCAACCGCGCCGGUCUCCGCCAGCUGGCCGAGCAAGCUUCGGAAGCUGGUCUCCAAAACGUUGCUUUCUCUAGCCUGUGGUCGCUCGGGGAUGUCGAUGGCUGUAUCGACCUCCUGGUGCGGACCAACCGCCUCGCUGAGGCCGUUCUGUUCGCACAGACCUACAAACCGUCCCGGGCUCCUGAGCUCGUUGUCCAGUGGAAGGCUUCGCUGGAACAAUCUGGGAAAUCGAAGAUCGCUCGCCUCAUCGGCGUUCCCCCCGGUGCUCCCGAUGUUGUAGCGACAGACGACGAUCUGUUCCCGGAGUGGGAUGAGUACCUGCGCUUGGAGAAAGAAGGUGUCGCUCCUGAACCUCCAUCGUCCGAGUCCCUGAUCGACAUCAACGCAGACGAUGAGGCAAUCACCGGGAGUGCAGAGAACGGAACUGCGGAGGUGGAAACGGAGGCCUAG